UUAGUUGGCUAUUCCUUGUGUUUAGUUGAAGAUGAACCAAUGUGUUUGCUCAUGGAAUAUUCAUGGAAUGCCAUGGGCAGGUUUGCGUGUCCUCGUGGCCGCAGUCGCGCAGGCAAGCGUGAGUAUGUGGCGUAG